AUGCGAUUGGCAAGUCCCGCUCCUGUCAUUUUUCAAAUUUGUACGCUUGCUUACAAGGAGUUGUCAGAAGCGCCAACUUAUCCAGAUCUGCUUCACAUCAGUGUUGCCGAUAUUGCAAGCGGUUUAGAUACCAAAAGAUUCACUUCUGUAGACCUUACAAAGGCGUUUAUUGCUCGCAUUUAUGAAGUGGAUUCAGCAUUAAAUACUGUUGUCGAAAUCAACCCAGAUGCUUUGUAUAUUGCAGAGCAACUUGACCUUGAACGCGAGAAGCACGGUAGACGAGGCCCGAGACCUCUCCAUGGCGUACCGAUUUUACUCAAGGACAACCUGGCGACUAAAGAUAGCAUGAAAACAACAGCAGGUUCCUUGUGCUUGAUGAAUUCAAUACCAUCUCAUGAAAGUACAGUUGUAGAGCGUCUUCGGAAAGCAGGUGCUGUAAUUCUUGGCAAGACGAAUGUGUCAGAGUGGCUCAACUUUCGCUCCAAGAAAAGCUCUGGAGGCUGGAGCUCGCGAGCUGGACAGACGCAUGGACCGUACUACCACAAACAAGAUCCUUGUGGAAGUAGCAGUGGCUCAGCCGUGGCUGUGGCUGUUGGGCUUUCUCCUUUAGCGAUUGGUACCGAGACCGAUGGCAGCAUUGUCUGCCCUUCAAACAAGAAUAAUAUUGUGGGUAUCAAACCGACGGUUGGCCUGGUGUCUCGAGACUUCGUUUUUCCAGGUACUUUUCGGCAGGAUACUGUGGGUCCUAUGGCUCGUACGGUUAAGGAUGCUGCGAUUCUACUUGGAGUAAUCGCUGGCAAGAGCUCCUUGGACAAUUACACAGAUCGGAUCCCGUUUCGAACAACGCCAGACUACACGGCAUUAUGCAAUCCUUCCGCACUUAAAGGCGCUCGAAUAGGAAUACCACGAAAUGCCUUCCAAGGGCCUGCUAGUGUUCUGGAUGCCUACCAGUCGGCAAUCUCGUAUUUUAAGGAUGCCGGCGCAGUCGUGGUUCAUGACACCGAUUUUGAGUCCUUUCAUGAAUUCUUAAAACUAGAUCGCAAUAAAGUCACAUACCGUGAUCUUCGAAGAAGCUACGAGUCCUAUUUUGCGCAGUUAGUCAAGGAUCCCAGGAAUCCAAAGAAUCUGGAGGAUGUGAUUAAGUUCAUUAAAGAGACUCCUGCUGAGGAGUAUCCACAGCGAGACAUUGGGGUUUUCGAAGAUGCUCUCAAUGCCCCCAAAGAGGACAUAACAGAGUACCAGACCAUCUUAAAAAAAGGCCUUGAGCUUGCCGGCAAAUCGGGAAUCCUUGGUAUGCUCGAUCAGUGGAAUCUGGACGCUGUUAUUCUUCCAGCUUCAUCAGUAGUCGCAACUAGUAUGGCAGCUAUUGGCGGUUAUCCGAUAGUGAACGUGCCUAUGGGCUAUCACCCGCCAGAUACCCCCGUUGAAUACAACGGUCGCGGAGAUUUAGUCAAUAAUGCCCCCGGCAUACCAAUUGGACUCCAGAUCAUGGGGAGACCAUUCGAUGAGGAAAGGCUUAUAAGCUACGCAUAUGCUUUUGAGCAGAUAUCGAUGAUUCGAGAGAAGAUGCUGCCCAAAGUCCUGCCCAAAACUCAACUCAGCGAUGUGAUCAAGGCACGGGUGAUGAAUGUCACCAAGAGCGAGCUCUGAUUCUGUAAGGGAAAUCUAUGGGUGAUAUUUGAAACUACCCCACUCGAGUAUCACUUAGGAACGACGAGGUUUGUUUGUGAAGACCGCCUGGGAAGUAUUGUAUACCAAGAACUUGCUCUACUAUCGCCACUCUCCUUUAAGAUUAGCAUAGAAAUGUAUGGACUUCAGUAUUCG